AUGGCAAUGGAUCAAGCCAAAGUCAACAGUCCACUGUGCACACUGUGCACACUGGCUCGCCGCGACCACCGGUUCGCCGUUUCCAAGCUGCCUCGAUGGGAGCGCAAGUACGGUAGAUGCGAGGACUUGGCCGACAGAAUUGCUAUAGGUAGCAAUCACCGUUCAUCGCAACCUCGUGCGAUGGCUGCGCCAGACGGUGACGCAGCACUGUUUGACCUGGUCUGUCCCGUAGCCUUGCGUCUCGGGCUACUCUGUCUCCCCGAUCGGUCUGGCCACGGAGGGCUGUUUGCGGUUGUCGGGGAACUCGACCCGGUCGGGGACACAGAGGAGCCGAACCUUUCAGGAUGGGGAGCGUCGGAUCUUUGGAUAGGACAAGACGCGGACGGGGACUUCAACAGCGCUGUGCUGGACGCUGACGAGACAAGCCUUCCACCCCUUACCCGGCCAGGCAUGCAUGCGAUCGCCUACAGCUAG